GGAGAGCAGGAUUGAGAAAGAGAGUGAGGAAAAGAAGUGGCGCUCUGUUUGUAGAGCAAUCUGGGACCAUGCUGUCAAGCAGCUCUCUGAUCUGGAUUGGGGCGCUGCUUCUGGGGCUUAAGGCUUCGCUGACCAGGGCAUCUGAUUUUCAGCACCAUGCUUAUGAGGAGAUGGUGAGGGCUCUUUUUGCCGUCCAAAGCGAUUGCCCCUACAUCACACGCAUCUACAGCAUCGGUCACAGCAUAGAGGGACGGCACCUAUAUGUCCUGGAGUUCAGUGAUAAUCCUGGCAUCCAUGAAGCAUUGGAGCCCGAGUUCAAGUAUGUAGGGAACAUGCAUGGGAAUGAGGUGCUCGGCAGGGAGCUGCUCAUCUACUUAGCCCAGUUCUUGUGUGAAGAAUACCGGGCAGGAAAUGAGCGAAUCACGCACCUCAUCCACGACACACGGAUCCACAUCCUUCCUUCGAUGAACCCAGAUGGAUAUGAGAUUGCAGCCAGUCAGGGUCCCGAGUUCAACGGCUACUUAGUUGGACGUGGAAACUCAAAGGAGGUGGACCUGAACCGCAACUUCCCGGAUCUGAAUGCUCUUAUGUACUACUAUGAGAAGCACAAUGGCCAAAACCACCACCUGCCACUACCAGACAACUGGGAACUACAGGUUGAGCCAGAGACUUUAGCAGUCAUAAAAUGGAUGCAGAAUUACAACUUUGUUCUGUCAGCUAACCUCCACGGUGGAGCUGUAGUCGCCAACUACCCCUUUGAUAGGUCUCGUGAGCCCCGAAUAAGAGGCAAAACUACAUACUCGGCUAGUCCUGAUGAUAAAAUAUUCAGAAAGUUUGCAAAGACGUACUCCUAUGCCCACAGCUGGAUGCAUAAGGGCUGGAAUUGCGGUGAUUACUUUGAUGAAGGAAUCACAAAUGGAGCCAGCUGGUACUCUCUGUCUAAGGGGAUGCAGGACUUCAACUACCUCCAUACGAACUGCUUUGAGAUUACUCUGGAGCUCAGCUGUGAUAAGUUUCCUCCAGCGUCAGCUCUAGCCAGUGAGUGGCUUGCCAACAGAGAGGCUCUGGUGUCCUACAUGGAGCAAGUGCACCAUGGGAUUAAAGGCAUCGUCUAUGAUGAGAACCACAACCCAAUUAGCAAUGCCGUGAUCUCUGUGGCAGGCAUAAACCAUGAUAUCACCAGCGGAACGGAUGGAGAUUAUUUCCGUCUGCUAUUGCCGGGUACCUACACAGUGACGGCUUCUGCACUAGGAUACCAAUCCUUUACCAGCACGGUAACAGUGGGACCGGCUGAAGCUGUACAGUUGCAUUUCUAUUUGAAAGUUCAACCAAAAAGGACAAACUUGCACGUAAAAUUUUAUCCCAACAAGAAAGGUGCAUCAACGGCUAAAAUUCCUCCGACCAACCUUGGCCCAAGAUAAAGUGCAAGUACUCUUCCCUCAACAUAGACAAAACAAGUCUUUGCUUUUUAAACUGAAGAACAACAAAGGGAAACAUGGACUCUCACUGUGAA